AGAAGGAAGAAGUUAGAGGCGUUCCGGUGACGUAUGACGGCGACGACAUCCGAAUUUUCAGGAAAACGAAACAGAACUUUUAUUACCCUAAAAAAUGGAAUCAAUUUUAAACGAAGUAGUUGAUUCAGCAGAUCUUAAGAAAUUUGAGUUGAUGUACAAUGACCAGCUUCGUCGAGGACAAGUGAGCGAGAAGGCCCAGUUUGAGUAUGCCUGGUGUUUAGUGAGAAGUAAAUACAUAGAUGAUAUGAAGAAAGGAGUGGCCCUACUAGAAGAUUUAUUCAAGAAAGCAUCAGAUGACAAUUCUCGUAGAGAUUAUUUAUAUUACAUGUCAGUGGGCUACACUAGGAUAAAGGAAUACCCCCAGGCUCUUAAAUAUGUCAAAGCCCUACAAAAAAUAGAACCUGGGAAUCACCAAGCUUUAGAAUUACAGAAAUAUAUUGAAAAGAAAAUGACCAAAGAGGGUAUACUGGGUAUGGCUAUUGUGGGCGGAGCUGCUCUGGCGAUAGGGGGAUUGGUGAGCCUCGGUAUAGCUCUGUCUAAAAAGUGAACAGGUUUUUUAAGGACCAGUUUGUGUUAAUAUUAAGGGACCUUUAUUUGAAUGAGGACAAGUGUCUGAGAUUGUUCAGUUCAGAUUCUCUGAAGUUUGUUGAUGUGAGUGAUAGCGGUACUUGGUGACAAGAACUUAGGGAGACUGUUGACCAAAUAGUUAUGCUUCUGUUUACCAUAAUGCGUUAAUGUUUUUAAUUUAUGUUUGUUUAUUUACAAAAUGAUAAAAAAAUUGUUUGAAAAUGUACCAUGUAUUUACAUUGAUAAUGAGAUUAAUUGAUUAAA